CCGUCCCAGAACACAUCCGGUCACCUUAUUGGCUGCUAAUAACGGUUAUUAAUCAGUUAUUGAUCACUGACUGUUUUCAGAUCGCAGUUUGUUUUCUUCCUGUGACGCGCUGGAGUGACGUUACUCAAUAGGCACGGGUCAUGAGUUGGUGACGUGGGUUUGGAAAGGAAAGCAUUUGAAUCCUAAUAAUUAAACCCUGAAUGAAUGUAACUGUUAUCAUGUCACCAAUACGUUAUAUUUUCUGGAUUCGACUCAAUGAAACAAACCCGGUUCGACUUCUUUUGACCCAGAAAUAACCCUGCUCCUCCCCCCAGACUGUGUUGAACGGUACCACCCGGCGCCGCCUGAUGACGUUUCUCGUUCGGCGGGUUAUUUUCGAUGCAGUGGCGCUUUUGAUGUAAACAAACACACAGUCGGACGGACGGAGGUCAGCAGCGGGAUGAACUGCGACCAACUAUUGCUCCACCCGCGGGUCAGCGCUGCCCUAAAGAGAGUUCAGCUAAAGUCUGUGCAGGAUGUGGUCUGUGCUUCUGCUCCAGACCUGCAGAGACUCACCGGUUUGUCCAACUCUGAUGUCCAGCAGCUGAUCACUGCUGCCGCUGCCGUCUGCAGAAGGCACCCUCCAAUCACAGCACAGCAGCUGCAGCACGGCGUGUCUGGCGCCCAGCUCAGGCUCGGCUGUCCAGUUCUGGACCGCCUUUUGAGGGGCGGUUUGCCUGUGGGGGGCAUCACUGAGCUGGCUGGAGAGAGUGGCACCGGCAAGACUCAGGUGGGCCUGCAGCUCAGCCUCUCGGUGCAGUACCCAGCAGAGCACGGAGGGCUGGGAGCAGGUGCGUUGUAUGUCUGCACUGAGGACUCAUUUCCCAUUAAGCGUCUGCACCAGCUGAUUGGCGAGCAAGUCUGUCUGCGUUCUGACGUUCCUGCGGACCUUGUAAGCAGUCUUUGCUUCAGCGACCACGUUUACAUUGAGCAUGCCGCGGACCUGGAUUCCCUCCUGGUGUGCCUAACACGCCGCGCCCGCCUCCUACUGACACGCGGUCUGGUGCGCCUAAUCGUGGUCGACUCAGUGGCAGCGCUGUUCAGGACCGAGUUCCAGGCCGAUGAUUGGCUAGAGAGGAACAGACAGCUACUCACCUUCUCCUCCAUGCUGCAUCACCUGAGUCAGGAGUUCAGCACACCUGUGCUCUGCAUCAACCAGGUAACAGAUGUUUUCAGCCAAUCACACAACAGUAUGGGGCCUUCGCUGUCCACCGUGUCUCCUGCUCUUGGGUUGGCGUGGGCCAAUCAGGUGAUGGUUCGGCUGAUGAUGAGCCGUCUCCAAGGAACGGUCGUCCGUGGUGACCAGAGCAGUGCUCUCCGUAGGUUGGAGGUGGUGUUUGCGCCUCACCUGGCACGUGACGGACAAAACGCUGCCGUGUGGAGAGAGGGGCUCAGAGGAGUUGAGAGCUGGGCUUCAAAUAGAAAAUAAACUUUAUUAAACAGCAUCAGUAGCAUCAGAUUAUUAAAGAGUGAUCACACUGUUUCCUGACUAUUCUGAAGGUUGUGGACACUGAUGCAUUGACUGGGGGUCAGACAGGUGUGUUAGUGGCCUCAUAUCUCUUUGAUCUGGACAGAAUGAGCUGGGAGGUCCAGACUGAUACAUGAUCCUGAUUUUGCUGUGCAGGUGGACUCUAGUCUGUUCAGGAGCCUAUAUUCGGUUCUGGUUGACCCGCUCAAGUGGAUUCACAUUAUUUUAAGACUGAACCUUUUUUUUGAUCAAGGUCUUUUUAUUGAACAAAGAAUUGCUUCCAACAACAAUUACGGCAAUAUUAAGAAACAGUCGUGCCCC